GGCGUCGUGUAAGCUGCGCAGCCACAGGCGGGCCCGUGGGUCGCCGUCCAUCGAUCGCCGCCAGGGUCUCCAAUGGCGGUGCUGGCCGCCGCACCGCGCCGCCUCCUCGCGCCCGCCCGCAGCCGCCGCGCCUUCUGGUCGGCCUCCUGGAGCGCCGACCCGGCCGCUCCCUCCGCCUCGUCGCCGCCCCCGGACAGCAAGAAGAAGAAGUCGCCGUCCGGGUCUGCCCACCACCGCCUGGCCGCCGUCAUGGACGCCGUAAACGAGCGCAAGCUCCCUCCCGAGCUCCGCGGCCGAGGCAACGCAGUAAGGUCUGAAACUGACAUUGUAAAUGUCGUUGAACAAAGAAUAUGGCAUUCAAUGGAAGAAGGGCACUUUGAAAAUCUACCAGGGAAGGGAAAACCCCUGAACAUCGAUUCCAAUCCUCAUGCCGAUCCUGCUGAAGACACCCUUUACCGGAUACUUUCGAGAAAUGGUUGUGCACCUGAAUGGGUUGAACUGAAUAAGGAAAUCCGUGGCAUGAUUGCGAGCUGGAGGUCAGCAUUAAAGAAGGCUUGGGCAAACCAGUCUGAAGAUGAUGGUUUUAGCUGGAAUGAUGACUGCAGGAUUCUCCAGGAACAAAUUCGCCAGAUAAAUGAUAAGGUUUUCCGGUACAACCUGAUAGUACCUUUUGGGCGGCAGAUGUUUGGUCUGAACUGGGACAAGGAGGUGGAAAAACUGAAGUCGGAAUAAGAAGAAACAAGGACAAGGAGGUGGACAGAUUGAAGUAAGGACAUAGCAUUGGGGAGCAGAGCACUAUGCUCCUGGAUUUUUGUUGUAUCAAAAUGACCUGUUACUAGGACUAUCUAGUAGCACAUACAAAUACUUUGUUGUUACUCCAUGAAGAGAGGAAGUAUAGGUAUUUACACGUACUAGGAUUUUAAUUAGUAUGUAUACUUUUGAAAACCAUGUGUUUUGGGUGCUGUAGCCCAUUUUGCAGUAGCAAAACUCUAUAUGUUGUGUGAGUUGGGGCUGUUGGAACUGUUGUGAUUACAA